AUGACUAUUGAAACAUGGAGCGGUAAGAGGCCAGCUUCGGCGGUCGAGGAGAUGAUAGAAGAAACUGGAAUAUGUUUGAAAAGGCCAAAUAAUGAAGAUUCACUGAGUGAUGUUGAUGGUGAUGGCAAUCUAGGUGCGGAGUUUGCAUUGGAGACUGGCAACAUUUGUAAAGAUUCUGAAAACUAUGUGAAAUGGCAAAAGACAAUAAGUAAAGUGGUUCAGUCAGUUGUGUCGAUUCAUUUUACACAGGUGGCAUCUUUCGACUCCGAACCACCACUGGUUUCUGAAGCCACAGGGUUUGUAGUCGACUCCAGUGUUGGUAUUAUUCUAACAAAUAGGCAUGUAGUGGGGGCUGGACCUUUUGUGGGCUACGCAGUCUUCGAUAACCAUGAAGAGUGUGAUGUCACUCCUAUAUAUAGAGAUCCCGUACAUGAUUUCGGUUUUUUGAAAUUUGAUCCUAAGAAGAUCAAAUAUAUGAAAAUCGAGGCGUUGGAACUGAAACCGACGCUGGCCAGAGUCGGCUCAGAGAUCCGUGUUGUUGGUAAUGAUGCAGGUGAAAAGUUGAGUAUUUUAGCUGGCUUCAUCAGUAGAAUUGAUAGAAAUGCACCAGAAUACGGUGAAAUGACUUAUAAUGAUUUCAAUACAGAAUAUAUUCAAGCAGCCGCAUCUGCUUCAGGUGGUUCGAGUGGCUCGCCAGUGGUAAAUAUUGAUGGAUAUGCUGUUGCCCUUCAAGCUGGUGGUUCAACAGAGGCUUCAACAGAUUUUUUCUUACCCCUAGACAGAGUACUGAGGGCAUUGAAAUGUGUGCAGAAUAAUGAGCAGAUAACCCGUGGUACUAUACAGACUCAAUUUUUAUUGAAGCCCUAUGAAGAAUGUAGAAGGCUCGGACUGACUUCGGGCCGUGAAGAUGAAGCACGUAGGAUGUUCCCGGACAAGAUUGGUUUGCUGGUUGCUACCACAAUUAUAAGAGAGGGGCCAGUAGAUGAAAAGAUGAAAGAAGGCGACGCUUUAAUUUCAAUUAAUGGAGAACUGAUAUCAUCUUUUAUUCAAGUAGACAAUAUUCUAGAUCAAAAUGUUAAUAAGGAAAUCGAAAUUUUAGUACAGAGAGGUGGAGUUGACCACACAAUUAAAUGUGAAGUCGGUGAUUUACAUAAAAUUACACCCGAUCGCUAUGUGGAAGUAUGUGGGGCUUCAUUUCACGAACUGUCUUAUCAAAUGGCAAGACCCUACGCGUUGCCCGUGAGAGGUGUCUUUCUUUGUAGCGCGUCUGGCUCUUUUGAUUUCGAUGCAAAGGAGAAAGUUGGUUGGAUAAUUGAUGCCAUAGAUAACCUUGAAACGCCGAAUUUGGAUACUUUCAUAGACGUAAUGCAGCGCAUUCCCGAUCGCAAACGUGUGAGUGUUAGAUACCAUCAUAUGACAGAUCAGCACUCUCCUCAGGUAACCUCUAUAUAUAUCGAUCGUCACUGGUAUAGGGAUUUGAGAGUUUACAAGCGUAAUGAUAUCACUGGAGUUUGGGAUUAUAAAAACAUUGGCAAGCCUCUGCCAGCUGAAGCAAUAGAGCCAAGCACAGCUAGAAUAGUUGACAUACCUAUCAACAACCCUGACAUUUCCAAGUUGUCUCAUUCUCUAUGUGCCGUCACUUCUAUUUGUGCUGUUCCUAUAGAUUCCCUUCCAGCUGACAGCCAUAAAACUUCGGGCUUAAUCGUUGAUGCUGAAGGGGGCUAUGUUAUAGUAUCCCGUACUGUGAUCUCUCAUGACUGUCUAGACGUUUUAGUAACGAUUGCUGAUUCGAUAAUGAUCCCAGCAGAAGUCGUCUUCUUGCAUCCAACGCAAAACUAUGCGGUUGUAAGGUACGAUCCCUCAUUAAUUGAUGCCCCUUUGGUCACACCGAAACUUUCAACACAAAGGUUGAAAAGAGGUGAUAAGGCGCAUUUUGUGGGGUAUACGUUUAAUAGUAGAGUCGUUACCGCAGAAACUCAUGUUACUGAUAUCUCAUCAGUUAGUAUUCCAAGCAACAUCAUUCCGAGAUACAGAGCAACAAAUUUGGAAGGUAUUUUCAUAGACUGCAACGUCAGUACAAAGUGUAAUUCAGGCAUACUGGCAGAUGAUGAUGGUACAAUAAGAGCCUUGUGGCUCUCCUUUUUGGGAGAAAGACAAGAAAGUAGGGAAAAAAUGUACCUGAUGGGACUUGACAUUACAGAAUGUCUGGAUAUAAUAGAAAUUUUGAGAAAGGGCAAAAAACCAAAGGUCAGUAUUGUUGAUGCAGAAUUUGGCUCAUUGUCUAUCCUUCAUGCUCGCAUCAGAAAUGUCCCAGAAUCGUGGAUUAAACGAAUGGAAAACGAAUCUGAAAAUAGGGUACAAUUCAUUCCUGCCACUAGAGUAUCUUACACCACUGAUACUGUAAAUUUAGAGGCAGGUGAUGUGAUCUUGUCAGUCAAUGAUAAACUGGUUAAGAGCAUGAGUGAUUUGGAGGGCAUCGCAGCUGCAUCUGAUGAUCCAACUAUACCAGAACACCUCAAAUUCAAGGUCGUUCGCGCUGGUGAGGUAAACGAAUUAGACAUACGUCUAGUGGAUGUUCACGAAACGGACCGACUUGUUGUAUUUGGUGGAUGUCUGCUGCAGAGGCCUCAUCACGCGGUGCGUCAGACUAUGCUAAACCUUCCAAGUGAAGUUUACUGCACAUACAGAGGAGAUUCAUCUCCAGCCGCUCAAUACGGCAUUUAUGCUACUAAUUUUAUUACUCACGUGAAUGAAACCCCCACCCCAGACUUAGAUUCCUUCCUUGAAACCAUCAAGGCUAUCUCGGACAAUACAUAUUGUAAGAUGAGAUUGGUCUCCUUUGAUAAUGUACCAUUUGCGAUAUCCUUAAAAACGAAUUACCAUUACUUCCCUACAGGACAAUUGCGGAAGAACCUCGAUUCCAAUCAAUGGAUCCAAGAAGAGUUCAAUUGUUAG